ACCUCACUUUUAACGCUAUAUUUGUUUUGAUGUUUUGAUAAUUUUAUGUAAAAAGAAAAUGUUUUAAAGAAAACUUGAAACAUUUAUUAAUUUUAGAAAUAACAGAGCAUUACAACUUACAAUUUGCAUGGCACAGUAUGAAAAUUCAAAAAUGUCGAAUAUGAACAAAAAGACACAGAAACGUAAAAUUAAUAUAAAUGACGAGCUGUUACUGAAGAAAUUGAAAAAAAUCAAUGAAGAAAAUGACGAAGUAGAAAUAGCUGCUAAUCCACAGUAUAAAAUCAGUGAACCAGAACACCCGUGGACUGAUUAUGAGCUGCUUGGGGAGUUUGAAAAUCUUAAUUAUGUAAUAGCAGAAAAUAUAGUAAAAUUAUUUGAAGAAGGAAAUACCAUCCCAUUCAUUGCUAGAUACAGGCGAAAUUUUACUGGAGAUAUAGCUAUUGAAAAACUUAGAGAUGUCAAAGAAACAUAUGACAAAAUUUUAACUCUUAAAACUAAGGCUCAAACUGUUUUGAAAAGUCUUGAGAAAAGUGGCAAAUUAAAUGAUACUUUACAGAGGAGUGUCCUUGCUGCAAAAACUGCAGAAGAAUUGGAGCAUGUUUAUGCUCCCUAUAAACCUGGUGGAAAAAAAACAUUAGUUGAAAAAGCAAAAAUAUUAGGCUUGGAAGAACCAGCUUUAAAAUUAUUGGAAAACACAGAACCAGUAAGUCUUUCAAAAUAUAUUAACGAAGAAAUAAAGGAUUUAAGUACUGUUGAAGAUGUAGAGAAGGGUGUAAUGCAUAUAAUUGCACACAUAAUGGCUACAGAUACUGAAAUAUUGGAUAAGCUUAGAAAAAUGAGAUUGGAAAGUUACUUUCUGAUUGAAACAAAAAAGAGUAUUGCCAAAAAAAGUUCCAGUAAGGACCUAAAAAAUACUAAAUUAGAAGCUCAGCAGGAUGAUGAUGAAAAAAAAUACGAACUCUAUUACGAUUUUCAAACUAGCUCAAACUCCAUUAAACCUCAUCAGGUUUUAGCGAUAAACAGGGGUGAAUCUCAAAAAGCUCUCUCAGUUAAAGUAAUCGUACCCGACUUUGUACACAAAAAAUUCUUUAGUCUCUGUGUGGAUCGCUUUUUGAAACGUGGGUGUUUCAAUGACUCAAGAAAAAGAAUUAUAGAAGCGUCAAUAGACGAUGCGUAUACUCGACUAAUUCAUCCACUGAUUGUUAGAGAAGUUCGAUCAGAAUUGAAAUCAAAGGCAGAAAAAGCAUCAUUAGAAGUGUUUAGUUCUAAUCUUAAACAAAUAUUGCUUGCCAAACCCAUCAAAGGUAGACCAAUAUUAGGAAUCGAUCCAGGGUACAAAUAUGGAUGCAAAAUAGCGUUAAUCUCUUCUACUGGAAAUGUACUGAAAACUGAUGUACUUUUUCCAUUCAGAGAUAAAUCGGAAAAAAGCGCAGAAAUCCUUAAAAAGCUGUUGAAAGCUUACAACUGCACGUUAAUAGCUUUAGGAAAUGGAACUGCUUGUAGAGAAACAGAAACCUGGCUCAGUGAGUUGAUUAAUAAAAACGUUUUCUCACCCUUAGAAGUGUUCUACACAAUUGUAGAUGAAAAUGGGGCUUCAAUUUAUUCUUGCAGUCCAGAAGCAAGAAAAGAAUUUCCUAAUCUAGACCCAAACCUUAUAAGUGCAGUGUCUUUGGCACGGAGAGUUCAGGAACCGCUUGCAGAAUUAGUAAAAGUUGAACCUAAACAUUUAGGAGUGGGAAUGUACCAGCACGAUCUGUCUAAGAAACAACUUGAAGAAGCUCUGGAUGAAGUUGUUACCGAAUGUGUUAGCUUCGUUGGAGUCGACCUCAAUACUGCGUCUCAGUGUUUAUUGAGAAAAAUUGCUGGUCUUCAUGCAAAAAGAGCAACAGCAAUAGUUAUUCAUCGUGAGAAAAACGGUCCCUUUUUUAAUCGUUCUCAGCUGAAAGAAGUUCCAGGUAUUGGGCCAAAAACAUUUGAACAGUGCGCAGGUUUUCUUCGCGUGGGACCUACAGAUCCAAAUAAUGCAGACGAUUUUUAUAACAAUUCAAGAACAACCAAAUUAGAUUGCACGUACAUUCAUCCCGAAUCGUAUAAUCUUUGUAAUAAACUUUUGGAUAUGUUGCAUUUACGCGUAUCUGAUGUUGGAAAAGAGCAUUUUAUCGAAGCAAUGCAACGCAAAAGAAAUACUCUAAAUGUAUCGGAAAUAAGCGAAGAACUAAAGUCGUCGAAAGAAUCAAUCGAAUUGAUAAUCGAUUGUCUUUGCAAACCGUUGAAUUUCGACUUGAGAUCUGAAAUGGACAAGACACCGCUAUUCAGAAAAAGUUUGACCAAUAUUUUAGACUUGAAAAGUGGAUCAGUCUUAACCGGGAGAAUUACGAAUGUAACUCAUUUUGGUUGUUUUGUUGAUAUUGGGGUGGGUACCAAAGGUCUUAUCCACUCAAGCAAACAAAAAGGAAUUCAGUUACAAAUAGGUGAUAAAGUGGAAGUCAAAGUUGUAAAAAUUGAAAUUGAUAGAAAGCGCAUAGGCCUAGAACUAAACAAAAAAAUUUAAUUUAAUUCCAGAAAGUGUUUCUUAAUUUAUUCUUAUUGUUGUACUAGUUUAAAGUAGGCACUAAUUAAUUAUUUAUAAUUUAAAUAUAAAUUUCAAUAUUU